GGUCAUUGGUGCUGAUAGCUUUGGAUUGCAGGUCCUUCAGCUCAAUGUCUCGGUGGUCUUCUGGGCGCUCGUUGAUCCGACUUUGGGGUUACAAGGACCGGGAGUUUGUGGCCGCAGGUAACAAACUCUCCUCCAGGGUCGCCCUCCUCCUACACUUGUGCCAAUGGCGCAACCUGCGGUGGCUACUGGAACAACCGGAUGGGUCAAUGCUUCCCCAUCUACCCCGUUUUCAGCAGCUUUGGCAAAAGUUCCAU